UAUCAGCCUUCAGUGUUUUGUUACAACUCGCUGUGUGCGUACUUUCAACAAAACUAUUAUUUUUAUUUUUUAUUGUGAGAUAUUUUUUACUGAUCAAAAUGGGGUGUGGAGAGUUCAUUGUUAAAUAUGUGCUAUUUUUCGCCAAUCUAUUCUUCGCUCUGGCAGGCCUGGCCCUACUGGGCGUGGGCGCGGCCGUGCAGUGGCAGGUGAAGCCGCUGCUGGACGUGUUCGACGGCAGCUUCGAGGUGGCCCCCAUCAGCGCCAUGGUGGUGGGCGGCGUGGUCUUCCUCAUCGCCUUCUUCGGAUGCUGCGGCAGUUUGAGGGAGAGCAACUGUAUGCUGGUCACGUACGCAGUGUUCAUGAUAAUGCUGAUGAUCCUGAAGAUCACGCUGGCCAGCCUGAUCUUCGUGAACCUGGGCGCCGUCACCGACCAGAUUCCGCGCUGGCUCAACGCCGCCUUCAACCAGCCCAACCUUGAGGAGUUCCACCAGAUUGAGACCACGGUAAGGACUAAUUUUAAUGAGGUCGUCUUCUUCACCUGUUGCGGCACUGUCGGCGGCUCGUCCUACGUCUCACUGUCGCUGCCGCCCUCAUGCUGUACCGUGCAGCCCUGCACUGUCCUCAACGCCCACCCCGGCUGCAACGAUGUGCUGACGGAGUUCUUCAGGACCUUUGGCAUGGUUAUCGGGCUGCUGGCUAUAGCUGUGGUGUCUGUUGAGUUUAUUGUGAAGUAUGUGCUGUUUUUCACGAAUCUCGUGUUUACGCUGGCAGGAGCCGCGCUCAUCGGUCUCGGCAUAGCGGUCCUGGUCCAGUUCAGCGGCGCCACCGACAUCAUCGAGGGCUCCGUCAAGCUGGUGCCCAUCUCCAUCAUCGUGGUGGGCAGCAUCAUCUUCCUGAUCGCCUUCUUUGGAUGCUGUGGAGCUAUUAAGGAGAACUGCUGUAUGCUGACUACGUAUGCGAUCUUCAUGGCCCUGCUCGCCGCAGUGAAGAUCUGGAUCACGGUGGUGAUCUACAACGGACUGGGCAAUCUCGACAAUCUGGUCAUCGAAUGGAUCACCGGCGCGUUUUCAGAACAUCCGAACGAGUUCAACGUUAUUGAAUCUGCUUUCGAGUGCUGCGGCACAAUCGGCGCCGGGACAUACCUGCCCGGGCCGCUGCCCGCGACCUGCUGCGCUCCCUCCGAGGCCACCUGUGUCCAGGGUAACGCCUACCCUGGCUGCGUCAGCGUCGUCAGCCAGUUCCUCGAUGAUAUUGGCUCUGGGAUCGGUGGUGUUAUCAUCACGGUUAUCAUUGUUGAGGUGGUAGCGGUUCUCUUCGGCCUGUGCAUGGCGUUCGCGUCGAGCAAAAACAAACAACAACGAGCACAAUACGCUUAAACCUAAUACUUAGAUUAUUUAAUAAUAUAUUUCGUUAUAAGUCUAA